AUGACAAUUUGGUAUGAAAUAUUGGCUGCUGAUAAUGAGGUUAGCAAAUAUUUGCAAUCAAAAGACAUGCUUAUUGAUGUUGCUAUACAACAAGUACAAGGAUUGAUCAUUUAUUUUGAAAAGUACAGAGAAAUUGGGUUUGCGGAGGCUAUGAUUAAUGCUAAAAAACUUGCUAUUGAAAUGGAAAUUGAUCCCAUGUUUCCAGAAAAGCGUCAAGUUUGUAGAAAAAGACAUUUUGAUGAGAAUAAAGGUGAAUCAUCCCAACCAACUGAACAAUCAGCAUUGUACAUAAUAGAUCAAACUAUUGGUUCACUGAAGAGAAGGUUUGAAGAAUAUCAAGUGUAUGAUGAUAUAUUUGGGUUUUUGUUCACUUCAGAAUGGUUGAAUUCGAUAGACAAUGAUAAAUUGAAAGAUUGUUGUGAUUGGCUUCAAAACUUUCUCAAGAAAGCUGAACUCUUUGAUGUUGAUGGGGAUGCAUUAUUAGUAAAGUUGAAGUUUUUACGAGAGCGUUUGCCAAAAGAAAUAAAGACACCCAUUGACAUAUUGAACUACUUGAAGAGGAUGCAUUGUUUAUCGACUGCAAGCAUUGCAUACAGAAUUUUGUUGACUGUACCUGUUAUCGUUGCAUCUGCAAAAAUGAGUUUCUCAAAGUUAAAGUUAUUAAAAUCAUACUUGUCAACCAUGUUGCAGGAAAGGUUAAAUGGACUUGAAAGUGAUUUUUUAGACAAAAUUGAUUAUGAAGGUUUAAUUAAUGAUUUUGCAGUAAAGAAUGCAGGAAGAGCCAUCUUUAAGUGA